GAGGAGGAAAUCGUCUUCUUCCCAAAGAGCUUUUCGGAGGUGCAGAUGCCAUCGUCGCGCCUUUCGUUCCAGCAGAUGAGGGCAUCCAACUCGGACGGCCUUCUGGCCAACCGCGCUUUCAUGCGGGCCGUCGACGCAGCAAGAGCACAGCAGGAGCAACAGAAAGCGGAGGCGGCAACUCGCUUGCCGGGCGGGGUGAAGCAGCUCGCUCCGCUCUCUUUGAGCCAACUGUCCACGGAGAAGCUGUACGAAGGUAAAAUUGUCAUAGCCUUCAAGUUGGGACUGCUUGUGGACAUCAACGCGGACGUCCUAGGCCUGCUUCGCUGGAAGCACGUGAAGGGGGUGCCCAGGAAGCUCCUGAAACAGGGUGGCAACUUGGCCAACCUUCGUGUCGAGAAGGUGCGGGGACAAAGGCUGACCCUGCGCCUGGAGUGCAUCGGCCUGCCGGGCCAGACCUUCGAAGAAUCUGACUACCCGGACAUUGUGGCUCGCGUGUACGAUUGGGCCUUCGAGCCAAAGUUGCUCGAGGCCUCCGAAGAACUUACUCCGACGGCUGCGACGACACAGCGACUUGGGCGAAUGGGCCCAAGAAACGUCGGCGACGGCGAGGGGCUCGCAAUCCGCGGGCCCGCGCCCUUCAGUCCCCGCAGAUUCCUUCGGCCCGGCAAGUGCGGGCCGCGCCACUCGUGCCAGCCAUGA